CUAACGCACUGCAUUACAACACAGCACCCUGUUACAUGUGGGCAGAGUGGUGUCCACCGUUACACAGGAAAGAGGUUUUAAUAGACAUAUUUAUGAACCGAUCACCUAGUAAUUAAACCUGCUAGAUAUAACAAGAUGGAUGACAUUGAUGCCAUGUUCAGCGAUAUGCUGCAGGAGAUGGAUCUCCUGACACAGAGUUUGGGGGAAGAAUCAGAAACUUUGCCUAAACCUCCCUCCAUUCCUGUAACUCAGGAAAUGAACGUCUCCUUCGGUUUUGCAGAUUGUAAUGUCCUGUCCCUGAAUGAUCUGGAGGACAAUGAUUUAGAUGCCCUGAUGGCUGACCUGGUGGCAGAUAUAAGUGCUACAGAGGAAAAGUUUGCCACAGAAAAAGAAAACUCAAAGGAGCCUACUCAUUUUGCCCCACCACCCGUACAGCCUCAGAGUAACUUUUACCUCCCUACAUCCACUGAUGCACCCAGACCUGCAACUUCCUCCACCUCCAUUUCAGCUCCACCUCCACCACCACCCACUGCCAAACCAUCAAAAGAAGAUCUAGAGGAACAGAUCAAAGCAGAUAAAAUCAAACUCGCCUUGGAGAAGCUGAAGGAAGCCAAAGUGAAAAAGUUGGUUGUGAAGGUGGAGAUUACAGAUGGAGGCUCAAAAACUCUGAUGGUGGAUGAGAGACAAACAGUCAGAGAAGUGAUUGACAACCUGUUUGAGAAGACACACUGCGACUGCAAAGUGGACUGGAGUGUGUGUGAAACCAACCCUGACCUACAGACCGAACGAGGUUUUGAGGACCAUGAAAACCUGGUGGAACCUCUGUCUACAUGGCAGAGAGACAGUGAAAACAAAGUGAUUUUUCAGGAGAAAAAUGACAAGUAUGAAGUCUUCAGAAACCCUCAGGUUUUUUAUUUAUGGAAAAAGGAUAAGAAAUCUCUUAAGGACAUGAAAGAAAAAGAUAAAGAGCAACUGCUGGAGGAGAACUUCUGUGGGCCCUCUGUCAUUGUGCCUGACCUGGAGGGGGUUCUGUAUCUGAAGGAGGAUGGGAAGAAAUCCUGGAAACAGCGUUACUUCCUGCUGCGGGCCUCUGGAUUGUAUUACUCACCCAAAGGCAAGACCAAGGCAUCACGGGACCUUGUUUGCUUGGUGCAGUUUGACAAUGUAAACGUGUACUACUGCAAAGAAUAUAAAAUUAAAUACAAAGCACCGACAGACCACUGCUUUAUUCUCAAGCAUCCUCAAAUCCAAAAGGAAUCACAAUACAUCAAGUAUCUGUGUUGUGACGACGAGUGGUCCAUGACCCUUUGGGUAACUGGAAUACGUGUCGCAAAGUAUGGUAAGCAGUUGUAUGAUAACUACAAAGCUGCUGUGAGGAAAGCCGCGGGCUCUGCAACCUGGACCACCACCAUCCAGGGAAGCCCAUCCAUCUCCAGUGCAUCAACACCAUCCCCCACACCUAAAGCUAAAGCUGCAAAUGGACACGUUUCUCAGCCCCCAAUGGAGAUCAAGGAUUCAGGCAACCAAACAGCAUUUCCACCACCUCCAGCUUCAAUGGAAAACCUGCCGCCUCCACCCCCAGACCCUGUGUCUCUUCCUCCACCCCCACCUGCUCUUCCCACCACAACCAAAGGCAACAAGUUCCCUCCUCCACCUCAGUUCACACAGUCCUCCUUCCCUCCUCCACCCAUGGAUGACUUGCCUCCUCCACCUCCUCCUCCAGAAGACAUUGAGCUCCCCCCUAACUUUCUGCCUCCUCCACCACCUAGUUUUGUAUCUUGUGGUGGAUCUCUCCCUCCUCCUCCUCCAGACCCUUUGUCCUACCUUCCACCCCCACCUCUCCAAAACUUUGCAUCAGUGGGAGGAGGACCUCCACCUCCACCUCCACCACCGGCUCCUGCAUCAUCUGCUGCCAACCAUCCCACUGGCUCCAUCAGGAAAGUGGCUCCACCUCCACCAAAGAGGACUACAGCACAACUAUCAACGCCCUCUGAUGGCAACUUAAUGUCAGAACUGAUGUUAGCCAUGCAGAAAAAGCGCAGUCAACAAUGAACUUGAAAAUAAUUAUAGCUAAUCAACUUUGCUAAUCGACAAAUCAAGAUUUUUGGUGUGAAACGUUUUGGAUGUGACAUACUUUUCUGUCAUUCAAUAUAUUGUAAUACACCUCUAAACUAAAUAUGUGUAAAUAUGUUAUUUUUCCUUACAUGUCCAGUUAGAUUAUAUACUAAAAAUAUAACAACAUUUCCCAACCAGGCGCUACACAACAAGUUUACAGCAAGGGUUUUUUUGUCUGUCCACAACAAAAGCAAAUAUGAUGCAGCACAGCCCCAGCCAGUCAGAACAUACUGUAAAUCAUGUGUAAUUUGCUUUUAUGUGAUGCAGAAUUGUGUACCAAUGAGAUAACAGAGUGGAUGGGGCUACCUUAGUGUAAAGAUGCAGAAAUAGAAAAUUGCAGCUCUCGUUUGUUGCGGCCAUGUCUGUUUAGGACAAAAACUCAGAUUAACAGCUUUUAUAAAGUGCAAGCUUUUAUCGCUUGUCACUUUGUCGUGUCGUGCCUGGCUACGCUGUAAUAUAAUAAAGAAAAUCAGCACUGGUAAAGAAAUGUCAUGAAAAUAAAUAUCUUGAAUGAAUUGUUUGAUACAGAUUUCUGCUUGCUUUUCUGUUGAGUUUUGUUUUACAGUUGGAUAGACAGAAGAGGAAUAUCUUGGGCUCAAUAUAAGUUGAGCAGAACCUCAUAGGUUUUGAGGCCAUCAAAUAUCGAUAAAAUGUGCGAACCAUUAAGACAGUAUGUUAGCUUCCUCAUCUACCUCAAAGCAAAAUCUUAACAUAAAAAAUAAAUAAACUGUGCUAAGACCUAGACACCCUGGCAACUGUAACAAAACUUGAAAUGUCACUCUACCAGCCAGAGCAUCUUUGACAACUGCAUGAGGAUAAAGAGCCGCAAUUACUAUAUAAAACAUUUGUCAACUGUUUUAUAUAUAUAUAUAGUUGGUGUUGUGCUGGGAGCCGACCGUUUGCUGGAAUCCAUCUCUAAGAUAACAUUACCAUUUGUCCCUGUUGAAUAGCGGAAGAGAAGUCUGGCAUACUGUCUGAGGCAAGGCUCUUCGGAUAAACGUUUGGAUUUUCCCGGCAAAAGCGACUUGCUCCCUUCCCAUAAAACUCAGUCUAAAGACAUUAAUAGGCAACCUGGGAAGUCUGAAAAGGGCUCAUUUUUUAAGUUGUGUUAGAAGCCGUUCACACAUUGGCAAAAAAAAAGGGCAAAUAUUACAUGAAAAUUGUAAUAAAGACAAAUCAGAGUCCCCAUGAAUACGAGGAUGGAGUGGAAGGAAAUAUAAUAGAUGGGGAGAUCAAUAACAUAAACGAUUAAGAACCUAAAAUUUUAACAAAAGAUGGGAAAUUCUUAAAGAAGUAAUUAUAUAUUAUUAAAUUAUGAUGAUUCUUUCUCAUUGACUUUUCUGGUUAAUUGUUUGAAUGGAAAUGUAAUUCGCUAUUAUACACCCUGGAAAGGCAUAAACAACAUUUAUUUAUGACAAAAAUCCUGUCCUUUUAAUCUGUCCUAUGACAGACGGUUUUGGCAUCCGGUCCUGCUUCAAAGACACUUAAUCAUUAAUCUUAAAAUUUUGUCAGUAUAAUUUAGUUUUAACCAUAAUUCAUUGUCAUCAUGUUUUUAGGUGACUUUUAAAAGUGCAUUUUUAUUUUUUAAUAAAUGUAUUAUUAUUAAUAUGUAUAAAUUAUUCUUUCAUUUUAUUUUUAAGUGGCACUCCUAGUCUUAACAUAAAGCCAAUUUGUAUUGCUUUUGGACACUAUUUCUUUAAAAAAUAACUAUUCAUAUUUUUUAUUAAAUAAAUAAAGAGGACAGAUGUCUGCUGCCCUCAUGUGGCUUUGAGAGGAAACGCAA